AUGCUGACUCUCGAAACCAGGCCGGUUCGACCAGCGGAAGGCUUUGUUGGAGUUCGACCGAAACUGGAUAUCGCCAUCACCAAGCCUAGACGUGACAAAAAAUUCAAGAAACACUUCAAGAAGGGCCUCUCGAAGAAGUCUUCAAAGAAGAAGCCUUCAAAGAGGAAGUCCUCUAAAAAGAAGUCUUCUAAAAAGAAGUCCUCCAAAAAGAAUUCUUCCAAGAAGAGGACUGCAGAGCAAGAGGCAGACGACCGAGUUUAUCUGUCUGAAGGUCCAUCAUCGAAGGAUCAGAAGGAAAGAAAGCCAAAGACCCCAGUGCCCACCCCUCCCUGGUCGGUGAGGGCACUAUCAUGGCUGGCAGGAGGUCACCCAGUCAAGGUCGUAUAUAGAGUGAAGGAGGUAGCCAAACCCAAGACCGAUGAUCCCAAGGCUGAUGAUCCAACUAAAGGGGGGUCUGACAAGCCAACUGAAGAGGAGCCAGAGAAGCCAGCUGAGGGAGCUUGA